GUGUCAGGGGGCUGGCAAAUAUAGUCGAUGUUAAACACUUCAAAUGCUUGAAAUAUCUAUUCUGCUACUCUAGUACUACUGAAACUCUACCUUAAAAUGGGUUGGAAUACGCUGCUAUACAUUGCAGCCAUCGCAUGUCUCUUGAAGGUGUCCCUACAAGGGGACUCUCAGCGGAGACUCUACAGAGAUCUGAUGGUCAACUAUAACCCUCUGGAGAGGCCCGUCUUCAAUGACACCCACUCCCUCACAGUCUACUUCAGCUUCAGUCUGAUGCAGAUCAUGGAUGUGGAUGAGAAGAACCAAGUGCUUACAACCAACAUAUGGCUACAGCUGUACUGGAAUGAUUAUUACCUACAGUGGAACACUUCAGAAUACGCAGGUGUUACCAAUGUGAGAUUUCCUGAUACCCUCAUCUGGAAGCCUGAUAUCCUCCUGUACAACAGUGCUGACGAGAGGUUUGAUGCUACCUUUCACACCAACAUUCUGGUCAACUCCUCUGGAACCUGCUCCUAUUUACCUCCGGGCAUCUUCAAGAGCACCUGCUACAUCGACGUGCGCUGGUUCCCCUUUGAUGUUCAGAGCUGCGACCUUAAAUUUGGCUCCUGGACCUAUGGGGGUUGGUCCCUUGACCUACAGAUGGUCGAGGCAGAUAUAACCGGCUACAUUGCUAAUGGAGAAUGGGACCUUGUGGAGGUCCCUGGACGGAGAAAUGAACGUUUCUACGACUGCUGUCAGGAGCCCUACCCUGACGUGACCUUCACGGUGGUGAUGCGCAGACGAACACUCUACUAUGGCCUGAAUCUGCUCAUCCCCUGUGUCCUCAUCUCCACCCUGGCCCUGCUGGUCUUCCUGCUGCCAGCAGACUCUGGAGAGAAGAUCUCCCUGGGAAUCACAGUUCUGCUUUCACUGACUGUCUUCAUGUUGCUGGUGGCGGAAAUCAUGCCGGCAACCUCUGACUCUGUGCCUCUAAUAGCACAGUACUUUGCAACCACCAUGGUGAUUGUGGGUCUUUCAGUAAUAGCAACAGUUCUGGUUUUGCAAUACCAUCACCAUGAUCCAGAUGGUUGCAAGAUGCCCAAGUGGACACGAGUCAUCUUGCUGAACUGGUGUGCUUGGUUUCUGCGCAUGAAGCGCCCUGGUGAGGAGCGGGUACGCCCAGCAUGCCAUAACAAGCGUCCCCGAGGUAGCCUCACUAGUGUGGACCUGAAUGGCAGCACAUCGCCUCCCCAGUCUACUAAUGGCAACAUGCUCUAUAUUGGCUUCCGAGGCCUUGAGAGCAUGCCAUACUCCACCGCCGCCACCUCCCCUGACUCAGGCGUACUUUGUGGACGCCUACUAGGCAGGUCGGGGGAAGACGAAGUUCUCCUACCCACAGGGCCAGCCUCUUCGGUUAGCAAUGUGGAGCCCGAGCUGGCCAAGAUCCUGGACGAGGUGCGCUAUAUAGCCAAGCGCUUUCGUGACCAAGAUGAGGAGGAGUCAGUGUGUAACGAGUGGAAGUUUGCGGCAUCCGUUAUUGACAGGCUCUGCCUCAUCGCCUUCUCACUUUUCACGACCCUCUGUACGAUCGGCAUCCUCAUGUCUGCGCCUAACUUUGUGGAAGCCAUCUCUAAAGACUUCUUCACAUGAGGACACAAAACAUUAACCAUAAGUCAGAAACACACUGCACGUCUUUUGUCGAAACCAAUGGCUACCUAAGCUUUAACUUCAGACAGCCACUUCUCCCACCAUAUUUUUUUGAAUUUUAACAUUUGGUUAUUACAGCAAUAGCAGCGUGAGCCAUGUCGUGGAGCACUGUUGUGUUUCGAAGGCAUCUAUUGCUGAAUAGUCAAUCGCAGAAACUCUCGAUUAGACCUCUAUAAUUUUAAGUAGGUUUGAUAGUGAGACCAUUGUAGUAGGCCUACUUAAAGCCUUUCUUGUCACACAAAAACCCCCACACAAAGGCAAUAUCACUCAAAAACCAUUACCUUGAGUUUACGUUUUGAAGUAGGCUACUUACUCAAAAAAUGUUACCUGCUAUUGACAGUAAAAAUAUGUUGUCCAUAUAAUAUCUUUCCUUUUUCCUUGAUUGAUGUCAGAGCUCCAUUCACAUGGAUCGCUCCUACAGACAGUGAGUCUUAUGUCUGUGGCUUAUUGAAUAAAGCAGGCAGUACUAGGUCUUAGUUAAAUAUAUAUUUAUAUAUACUUUUUAUUUUAUUGCACAUAUAUUAUAUAUAUGAAUAUAGGCUAUGUUAUAUUGUUAUAUAUAUAUAUAUAUAUAUAUAUAUAUAUAUAUAUAUAUAUAUGACCCCCAUAGUUCACAGCCCUUGAAAGGCUGGCAAAGAAAAUAUAUAUUAUAUACAAAAUAAAAGAUAAAAAGUUAAACCAACCAAGUAUGCAAUUGUCUUAAAAUAAACUAUGCCUUUAAUAAUGAAGCCAUCAGAAUAAAAUGUAUAGCCAUAAUUUAUAGAGUUCUUCAGGACAUAAUAAUGUCCAUUAUAUAGCCUACAUUAAAUACAGUCUGCUCUGGGGGGAGGGGGGGGGCAAUAUUGGACAAUGUUGCUUACUGGAUUAUUUCAAAUUCCAAUGUUAAAUGGCAAUGAAAAAUGCAUCUAAAUAUCCCCCCCCCCCCAAAUCCCCUACAAUAUUAGCAUUGGAUUAAGUUCAAGAUUAAGUUCUUGGGCAAAGAUUAUGGUUAAGAUUAAGUACUUGAGUAAAUUAGUUUAUUGGGGUUUUUCAUCCAUUCUAAACUAAGCUCCAGAUGAUGCUAUAAUGUAUUGUAAAGUGGUGUCAAGAAAGUAACUGGGAUAGUAAUAAUUGUGUAUUGUAGUGUGUUGUGAUUGUUGUUUGAAUAUAUUGAACACUAAUGGUACAGUAUUUUGAGGUUUCGCCACCAUAUUAACAAGGAAAAAAAUAUAACUUUAUAUACAGGAACAAUAUGUAUCAGCAUACUCCGGUUCAGGGUUGAAUUGGAGGACAUUUGGGAGAUGGAUGGGCCCAACUCACAAAACAAUGUGGCAUGAUUGUUCAACUCAGCAUGUCAGUAAAACUAAGAGCUGCAGGAGUCGAGCUCCCCCAUCAAACCCUAAUAUACUGAAUCGUCAAGCUCUAAUGCUAUUGUUGUUUCAUAUAUGUCAUGUUAUGUUUUGCUGCAGCUGGAAGGUGUAUGUACACCAGGAGCAAGUGUCACAAAACAACGUUCACAUUUUUUUUCAUGCUUUGUUAAAAUAACUUUUUUCUUUAAUUGAAGGCACAAUGAUGACAAUAUGACUUUUGUCUAGUUAUCAACAUUACAUUUCUGUCACUGUUUGAUGCUUGUUGGUCACUGUUCAAUGCUUGUUUUUUUCACUCUAUAAUCCAGCACUUGUGUGUUUUUGGUCUCUCACAAAUAAAUGUAUUUUUCUAGAUGUGAAAAA